AAAUCUAGCAAGCUCUAUGAGUGACAUGGGGCGACAUAAUAUAGCAAUAUGGCGCCCGCUACGGAGGAUCUCACGGAGUUUCAGAAGGAGGUUUUUGAGAGAAUCAGCAAGAAUGAAGUGUGCGAGCUCAAAACAUUGUUGGCGCAAGAGAAAAUUAAAAUGGAUUUUGUCGACGAGAACGGCAUGAGCCCGCUGCAGCAUGCCUGUUACAAGGGCAACAAGGAAAUCGUGCAGCUGCUUCUCGACCAAGGUGCUGAUGUGAAUGCAUGUCAGCACGAACAUGCUUAUACUGCUCUUCAUUUCGCUGCUCUAAGUGGAAAUGCCGAACUAUGUCACCUUCUGAUGUCGCACGGAGCACGCUUGACGGCGACAAACAGUGUUGGCAGGACAGCCGCGCAAAUGGCAGCGUUUGUGGGAAAUCACAACUGUGUGGCGACGAUUAAUAAUUUCAUUCCGAAGGCUGAUAUAGAUUAUUAUAUUAAGCCACAGGGUUUACAGACCGAGCCCAUGCUGCCACCAUAUCUAGCCGAUUAUUUUCAUAAAUUUAUAAUGCAUGUCAACGUGCAUCCUGUACGUGUGUGCAUGAAUUUGCAGAGACUUCCAGCACUUUUGGAAAACGCGGCAAAAGUACAAAAAGUAUUAGAAUCCAUGCGCUACAAAGAAAUGACGCGAGGCGCUGAGAUAAAUGAAGUAAUGGCUUUCAAGUAUCAUUAUCUCAGUUGCGUUGUGGCCGAAGUGUUAAAAUGUCAAAAGCGCCAAGAGGCUAUGAAGGCAGAAAAAAGUGAAAAAGGGAAUGAGGAGAGCGAGGAAAAGAAAUCAGAUACCGAGGAGAAAAAAUCGGAUACGGUAGAACUCUUGAUACGAAGAUUUCUGAAGUGCAGCAAGAAUGACGGUCUGCCGGAAUAUCAGGAGGCAUUUUUACGGGAAUCUGUGAGAGAGUUUCCGUUCAGAGAAAGCACAAUUUUCCGUCAGAUGGUCGCCACAUUAGCGAGCACAGAUCCGCCGUCCGCCGUUUCCGUGAUUUCUGCUGCGAUUAAUGGGCAACGAGGCUUCUUCGAUAAUGCUCAGACUUGUGUGACUUGUGGCGAAGACAAGGCUACGAAGAAAUGUAGCAAAUGCAAGGCGGUGCAAUAUUGCGACAGAGAAUGCCAAAGAUUGCACUGGUUCAUGCAUAAGAAGGCGUGCGCCAGAUUGGGUCAAGCCCCGGCUAACAAUGGAAAGCUCACGGAUGUAGAUAAGGAACAGAUCACCAACGCCGUCGGCUCCAGGUUACAAAAUCUCGCUGUUAAAUAAAUAUGUAACAUGUACAAAUUUAACGUGUUAACAGUUCGAUUCAGGACGCCCUAUAUCUCUGUACCUCACGAAUGUUUAUUUGUAUAUAGUUCAUUCGAUGUAGAUUUGAUGAGUUUCCGUGUGACUGUGUCAUAUCCGUUGAAAUUAAUAUUUCAUUGUUAUUUUCAUGUAAGUAAAAUGUACAAACAUUUGUUUAGUCGACUUUUGUCGAUAUCUCGUUCUUUCAACUUUUCAAUUUAACGGACAAUCAGUUAAAACAUUUAGCAAACAUAUGCGAUAUUAGAACACUGAAUCAAAUUAUAAUAAGUUUUUAAUUAAUAUACAAGAAUGUGUUGUGUAUGUUCUUUUUUAUUCAUAUACGUAACUCUGAGCUGCCGAAUUUUUCUGUGAAUCGACUGAUUUUAUAUAGUUCCGUAUUUCUUUUUGAACUUGAACAAUCCCAUAUAUAUAUCGUCAGGUAUAUUUAUAAGUUAUUAUUCUUAAUGUGAAUGCGCUCAGUUAAAUAUAUCUGUUAAUAUUUUAGAGCUGUGUUUCUCCAGGAAUCUUUAUUGUGGAAUCUUUAUUUCUAUGUGUCAGAAUAAAAUAUCUGUACUUGUAAUCUACAACGCGACAAUUUUAUUAUUUUUUUUCAUAUAUUCCGUGCUGCUAAUUUAUCAAUAAUUAUUGUAUAAAUGUCUUAACAUUAAUCAAUAAACUAUAUUUCCGUCUUGGAAUGUUCUUAUCAA